UUCUAGGUCCUCUCCAAGUUGCUUUUUACAUUAUUCUAGGAAUUUGAAAGAGCAUUAUGGGGUUUGAAACAUUGGUCUCCUAUCUUUUUUCCCUUCUCAUUGCAUUUUUCUUUUUAAAUCUCCCCACCAAAUUGACUGCACAUCACAUUCACAAAUCUUCAUCCACCAACCUUUAUGGAUAUGGAGCUCCUCCCCUGCCACUGCCACCGCCACCUCCGAUAUGCAGGCAAGGCGCACCACCGCCAGCCAAGAAACAAAACAAAUUGAUGCAGCUGCCAUCGUUGUCGCCACCACCACCCAUGUUCAAAUGGCCACGAAGGAUCAAGUUAAUUGGAGAUUUUUUUUACUGUCAGCUAAGGAGUACUUUGUUUGGCUAAAAUCUCAAGCUCUUGAGAAGAUUAAAAGGCCUUUAUAUGAAAAGCAUCCCAUGAGCAAAUUUGCAUGGACAAUAGCUGAAGACACUGAUUCUAUGGAAUGGUACAACAUCUGCCAAGAUGCCCUAAGAAAAGUCAAUGAAUCGUAUCAAGGAAAAGAGACUGCUGGCAUCAUUCAAAACAAAGUUUUGCAGUCUCGAGAUGAGGAUGAGGAGAUUGAAUUCGAUUGUGCUAAUUACCAGCUUGAAAUGAUGAGAUGCUUGAGAGAACUCAAUGUUAACAACACUAUUGGAUGGAUUGGAACAUCAAAUAUUGGAGGCUGGAGCAGAUAUUUGGGUUACUUCAUCUUACCAGAUUGGCUCUGCUGUUGGUGGUACUUAAUUUAGCUCAUGAAUUGGAGGUAGUAGAGGAUGCAGAAUUCAAGUUUAUUUGAAGCCAAGUUUCAUUCAAGGUCAUUGAGUUCGGUUGAUAGAAGUAAUGUUUUGUAUAUGACAAUAUUGAACAAAUAUGUAAAGUUUUCGAAAUGUUGAUACAUAUAUGGUAAAAUGUUAAUAUAUGUUAAAGUUUUGGAAUUGUUCUAGUGCAUAUUUAUGUUUGAGUUUUCAAA